AUGGAGGCCCAGGAGGUCGAGGAUUAUCACAAACUAAGUGAACGUAAGGGCGCUAUCAGACGGCGCGUAUACCGAGUAAAUGGCCAUAAAUUUAGACCAACCCGCGUAGGCCAACCCACCAAAUGUUGUCACUGUAGGGAAUUCAUAUGGAGCUCCGGUGUCAAACUGAUGGGCUACCAGUGCCAGGUGUGCUCAUCGAUGGUCCACAAGAGGUGUCACGAGUUAGUGAUCACUAAAUGUGUCGAUUGUAUGGACGUGAAUCCCGUUGUCAUCAACAAUGGAUAG